AUGCUCCCGCUUUCCAUCACCCCGCCCCAUUCUCCCUCUUUCCAUCACCCCGCCCCAUUCUCCCGCUUUCCAUCACCCCGCCCCAUUCUCCCUCUUUCCAUCACCCCGCCCCAUUCUCACCGCUUUCCAUCACUCCGCCCCAUUCUCCCGCUUUCCACCACCCUGCCCCAUUCUCCCGCUUUCCACCAGCCCGCCCCAUUCUCCCGCUUUCCAUCACCCCGCCCCAUUCUCCUGCUUUCCAUCACCCCACCCCAUUCCCCCGCUUUCCAUCACCCCUCCCCAUUCUCCCUCCUUCCAUCACCCCGCUCCAUUCUCUCGCUUUCCAUCACCGCGCCCCAUUCUCCCGCUUUCCAUCACCCCGACCCAUUCUCCCGCUUUCCAUCACCCCCGCCCCAUUCUCCCUUUUUCCAUCACCCCGCCCCAUUCUCCCGCUUUCCAUCACCCACCCCAUUCUCCCGCUUUCCAUCAUCCCGCCCCAUUCUCCCUCUAUCCAUCAACGCGCCCCAUUCUCCCGCCUUCCAUCACCUCGCCCCAUUCUCCCGCUUUCCAUCACCCCGCCCCAUUCUCCCGCUUUCCAUCACCCCACCCCAUUCUCUCGAUUUGCAUCACCCCGCCCCAUUCUCCCGCCUUCCAUCACCCCGCCCCAUUCUCCCUCUUUCCAUCACCCCGCCCCGUUCUCCUGCUUUCCAUCACCCCGCCCCAUUCUCCCUCUUUCUAUCACCCCGCCCCAUUCUCCCGCUUUCCAUCACCCCGCCCGCUUUCCAUCACCCCGCUCCAUUCUCCCGAUUUCCAUCACCCCGCCCAAUUCUCCCUCUUUCCAUCACCCCUCCCCAUUCUCCCUCUUUCCAUCAAUCCGCCCCAUUCUCCCGCUUUCCAUCACCCCAACCCAUUCUCCCUCUUUCCAUCACCCCACCCCAUUCUCUCGCUUUCCAUCACCCCGCCCCAUUCUCCCUCUUUCCAUCACCCCGCCCCAUUCUCCCGCUUUCCAUCACCCGCCCCAUUCUCCCGCUUUCCAUCACCCCGCCCCAUUCUUCCUCUUUCCAUCACCCCGCCCCAUUCUCCCGCUUUCCAUCACCCCACCCCAUUCUCCCGAUUUGCAUCACCCCGCCCCAUUCUCCCGCCUUCCAUAAGCCCGCCCCAUUCUCCCUCUUUCCAUCACCCCGCCCCAUUCUCCCGCUUUCCAUCACCCCGCCCCAUUCUCCCUCUUUCCAUCACCCCGCCCCAUUCUCCCGCUUUCCAUCACACCACCCCAUUCUCCCGCUUUCCAUCACCUCGCCCUUUUUUCUCUCUUUUCAUCACCCCGCCCCAUUCUCCCGCUUUCCAUCACCCCGCCCCAUUCUCCCGCUUUCCAUCACCCCGCUCCAUUCUCCCGCUUUCCAUCAACCCGCCCAAUUCUCCCUCUUUCCAUCAUCCCUCCCCAUUCUCCCUCUUUCCAUCACCCCGCCCCAUUCUCCCGCUUUCCAUCACACCGCGCCAUUCUCCCACUUUCCAUCACCCCGCCCGAUUCUCCCGCUUUCCAUCACCCCGCCCCAUUCUCCCUCUUUCCAUCACCUUGCCCCAUUCUCCUGCUUUCCAUCACCCCGCCCCAUUCUCCCGCUUUCCAUCACCCCGCCCCAUUCUCCCGCUUUCCAUCACCCUGCCCAUUCUCCCUCUUUCCAUCACCCCGCCCCAUUCUCCCUCUUUCCAUCACUCCGCCCCAUUCUCCCUCUAUCCAUCACCCUGCCCAAUUCUCCCGCUUUCCAUCACCUCGUCCCAUUCUCCCGCUUUCCAUCACCCGCCCCAUUCUCCCGCUUUCCAUCACCCCGCCCCAUUCUCCCGCUAUCCACCACCCCGCGCCAUGCUCCCGCUUUCCAUCACCCCGCCCCAUUCUCCCUCUUUCCAUCACCCCGCCCCAUUCUCCCGCUUUCCAUCACCCCGCCCCAUUCUCCCUCUUUCCAUCACCCCGCCCCAUUCUCCCGCUUUCCAUCACUCCGCCCCAUUCUCCCGCUUUCCACCACCCCGCCCCAUUCUCCCGCUUUCCACCAGCCCGCCCCAUUCUCCCCGCUUUCCAUCACCCCGCCCCAUUCUCCUGCUUUCCAUCACCCCGCCCCAUUCCCCCGCUUUCCAUCACCCCUCCCCAUUCUCCCUCCUUCCAUCACCCCGCUCCAUUCUCUCGCUUUCCAUCACCGCGCCCCAUUCUCCCGCUUUCCAUCACCCCGACCCAUUCUCCCGCUUUCCAUCACUCCGCCCCAUUCUCCCUCCUUCCAUCACCCUGCCCCAUUCUCCCGCUUUCCAUCACCCCGCCCCAUUCUCCCUCCUCCCAUCACCCCGCCCCAUUCUCCCUCAUUCCAUCACCCUGCCCCAUUCUCCCGCUUUCCAUCACCCUGCCCCAUUCUCCCGCUUCCCAUAACCCCACCCCAUUCUCCCUCUUUCCAUCACCCCGCCACAUUUUCCCACUUUCCAUCACCCCGCCCCCUUUUCUCUCCUUCCAUCACCCCGCCCCAUUCUCCCUCCUUCCAUCAACCCGCCCCAUUCUCCCGCUUUCCGUCACCCCGCCCCAUUUUCCCGCUUUCCAUCACCCCGCCCCAUUCUCCCGCUUUCCAUCACCCUGUCCCAAUCUCCCGCUUUCCAUCAACCCAUCCCAUUCUCCCUCCUUCCAUCACCCCGCCCCAUUCUCCCGCUUUCUAUCACCCCGCCCCAUUCUCCCGCUUUCCAUCACCCAGCCUCAUUCUCCCGCUUUCCAUCACCCCGCCCCAUUCUCCCGCUUUCCAUCAUCCCGCCCCAUUCUCCCGCUUUCCAUCACCCCGCUGUUGCCCGCCCCAUUCUCCCGCUUCCCAUAACCCCACCCUCUUCUCCCGCUUUCGAUCACCCCGCCACAUUCUCCCGCUUUCUAUCACCCCGCCCCAUUCUCCCUCCUUCCAUCACCCCGCCCCAUCCUCCCGCUUUCCAUCACCCCGCCCCAUUCUACCGCUUUCCAUCAUCCCGCCCCAUUCUCCCUCCUUCCAUCACCCCUCCCCAUUCUCCCGCUUUCCAUCACUCCGCCCCAUUCUCCCUCCUUCCAUCACCCCGCCCCAUUCUCCCUCCUUCCAUCACCCCGCCCCAUUCUCCCGCUUUCCAUCACCCCGCCCCAUUCUCCCGCUUCCCAUAACCCCACCCUAUUCUCCCGCUUUCCAUCACCCCGCCACAUUCUCCCACUUUCCAUCACCCCGCCCCCUUCUCUCUCCCUCCAUCACCCCGCCCCAUUCUCCCUCCUUCCAUCACCCCGCCCCAUUCUCUCGCUUUCCAUCAGCCCGCCCCAUUCUCCCGCUUUCCAUCACCCCUCCCCUUUCUCGCACUUUCCAUCUCCCCGCCCCAUUCUCCCGCUUUCCAUCACCCCGCCCCAUUCUCCCGCUUUCCAUCACCCCGCCCCAUUCUUCCGCUUCCCAUCAUCCCGCCCCAUUCCCCCGCUUUCCAUCACCCCUCCCCAUUCUCCCUCCUUCCAUCACCCUGCCCCAUUCUCUCGCUUUCCAUCACCCCGCCCCAUUCUCCCGCUUUCCAUCACCCCGCCCCAUUCUCCCGCUUUCCAUCAACCCAGCCCAUUCUUCCUCCUUCCAUCACCCCGCCCCAUUCUCCCGCUUUCCAUCACCCCGCCCUAUUCUCCCGCUUUCCAUCACCCCGCCCCAUUCUCCCUCAUUCCAUCACCCCGCCCCAUUCUCCCGCUUUCCAUCACCCCGCCCCAUUCUCCCUCAUUCCAUCACCCCGCCCCAUUCUCCCGCUUUCCAUCAUCCCGCCCCAUUCUCCCUCCUUCCAUCACCCCGCCCCAUUCUCCCGCUUUCCAUCACUCCGCCCCAUUCUCCCUCCUUCCAUCACCCCGCCCCAUUCUCCCUCCUUCCAUCACCCCGCCCCAUUCUCCCGCUUUCCAUCAGCCCGCCCCAUUCUCCCACUUCCCAUAACCCCACCCCCUUCUCCCGCUUUCCAUCACCCCGCCACAUUCUCCAGCUUUCUAUCACCCCGCCUAAUUCUCCCUCCUUCCAUCACCCCGCCCCAUUCUCCCGCUUUCCAUCACCCCGCCCCAUUCUACCGCUUUCCAUCAUCCCGCCCCAUUCUCCCGCUUUCCAUCACCCCGCCCCAUUCUCCCGCUUCCCAUAA